AUGUUUACAGUUUCUAAAAAAAAUUCAGAAGAUUGUAUUUUCUGCCGUAUUACUGGUACUAUAAUAUUUGGAAGUGUAUCAUUUUAUUCUUUUUUAAAAUUUUUGCAAGCUGAAAAAAAAAGUGGUGACAAAAGAUUUUUUGGUUUUAUUUCCAUUUGUUUCAGUUUUUUAGCUUUAUAUAGAGCUACAAAUCCAGCGAAAUCUCUUUUAAAUAAGGAAAAUAAAAAUGUUAAAUAA